AUGUUGAUCUCCAUUGGUCCUUACCACAAGAAAAAUCCUCAACUUGGCUCCAUGGAAAAGUACAAACUGUUGUACCUACGACGAUUUCUCAAGCGGAAAAAGGGGCUUGAUGUGGAAAGUUGCAUUAUUGAAAUCGAUAAACUGAAAUAUGAAGCACUAAAGUGUUAUGGAGAUAACCUUGACAGUGAUAUUGUUGACAAUUUUUCAGAAAUGUUGAUGCUUGAUGGUUGUUUUGUGAUUGAAUUUAUUCGAGAGUACUGGGAAGAUGAGGAAAAAGAAAACAACAUCAUCAAAUUGGAAUGGAUGAAGGAUCAAGUAUGUAGAGACAUGUUGUUACUAGAAAACCAACUCCCUUUCUUUGUGCUUGUCAUACUUUAUCGCAUGACAGCGCAUCCUAAUGAAGAGAACUUCUUGUAUAUGGUGAGAGACACCUUACUUAAUACUUUUCCAAAGGCGAAAUUCAUACCCAAAUCAGAAAUUCAAGGUAUAUCAGAACGAUUCGACCAUUUACUUGAUGUGGUACACAUGCUUUGUCGCCCAUCAGUUUACAAUUAUCAAAAGAAAUCCCCCCCUCAUCUUAAAUUUUGGCAAUGCUAUCAUAUUCCAACUGCAACAGAGCUUUUUGACGCUGGAGUUAGCUUCUUAAAAAUUGGAUCUGUGGAAGAAAAUAAUGAGGAUAAAACAUCAUUAUUCGAUAUCACGUUCGAGAAGGGAUUAUUGAAAAUCCCGUGUUUCGCGAUUGAAGAUACUAUGGAAACCUUCAUGAGAAAUAUGAUAGCUUUUGAGCAACAUACUUCUAAAGAACUAUAUCCUUAUUUCUCGAAUUAUGCACAUUUAAUGACUCAACUUAUUGGCUCACAUAGAGAUGUGAAUUUUCUUCGCCAAAACAAAAUUAUCCUCAAGGACAUAGGAGAUGACAAACAAGUGGCCAACAUCUUCAAGAAACUUUCAGAUGGGGUGGUAAUCGGAGACUUUUAUUACAUAAAAGAAUGCAGCAAAUUGACUCAACAUUGUGAAAAGCCAUGGAAUCAAAUGAAGGCAAGUUUGAGGCACAACUAUUUUCAGAGUCCUUGGGCAGGAGCUUCAACUGUGGCAGCUAUUACACUUCUUGUGCUCACAGUUAUACAGACUGUUCUGGCUUUUAUCAGUUGUGUUAAGAAGUUAUAA